AUGGGCUCGAAGUCAUCACGUACUAAACCAGAUAUCGGAAAGUCAACAAUAACAAUUCACCAAGAGCAGUUAUUAUCAACUGAAGAUGAAUGGAUUAUUUUGGGAACAGCUGAUAGUGGAACUUCAACGUUUUAUUAUAUGAUUGAACGUAUUUUGAGGAAGAAUCGAAACUAUUCGAAUCGAGAUGAGUUUAAUCAUGAUUUACAAAUAGUUUGCUCCCUGAUGAUUAAAAGAUUGUGGACUAUUUUGGAAGAAAGUGAAAGGAAUAGAAUAAUCGACAUGAUUCCAAAGAGUUUCGGACCAUGUUUGGAGAAUUUGAAUGAUAAAUCAAAUAUUGAUGAUUCACAAAUUUCAGAAUUUGAUUAUUGUGGAUUGUUGAUGUAUAUUUGGAAUAUUCCAUUUUUUAGAGAAUCAUUCGAAACUAAAUGGAAUGCAAUCAGUCCUAACAUUUCCGAAAAUAUCAAAGAUCCUAACAUUGUAAUGAACUUACUAAUUUUGGAAAAUUUAGAAGAAUUAAUUUCCAGAAUUAAAUCAAAAAGUGAAUUCUUUCCUAUGGCUUUAUCCUAUACAAGUUCAAUGGGAGUACGAGAUUUCAAAUACAAUAACAUUCUUGUUAAGAAUGUGGGAGGAUCUAGAAGUCAAAGAAAGAAAUGGAUUAAUUGUUUCAAUGGUCAAUCACUUGCCAUUUUAUUGGUAUCACUUGCGGAGCUAGAUCAAUAUACAGUUGAGGACGCACGAACUUUGAGGAUGCAAGAAUCGAAAAUGUUGCUAGGAGAAUUGAUAAAUUCGAAUUUUUUAAGAAGAGCAAGGAAAAUUGUAAUCUUUACAAAACCAGAUAUUCUAAUUAAGAAAUUACAAAAAGGACAUUCAAUUAAUUUGGGAAAUUUCAAAAUGAGACCUGAAUUUAAAGACAUUAUUAAUAAGCAUGAGCUGAAGAAGGUUGUUAAUUCCAUAGUUUCUCAUUAUUUGGAUUUCGAAAAUGAGAUGGAAUUUAACAAGAUUCAUUCCUUUCAUAUUGUGAAUACUACAGAAAUGGAAGAAGUGAAUAGUGUAUUGGAGAGAAUAUUAGAUCAUAAUUCGAAAAACACAUUCAUUUCUCCUUGUCUCUUGAAUGGCAAUAGAAAACCAGAACAAUUUGAAAGAGAAAUGCAGGAGAGGUUAUUUUGGAAAUGUAGAGAACAAAGAUUAUCUGAUGUAGAGAUUUUAUUUAAUCACAUCUAA